ACUUCACCCUCUUUCUUCACCCGCAUCUGCAUUCUGUUGCCCCGCCUUGCACUGCCGCAUCACUCGAGCCCGAACCAUUCAGCCAUUCCUCGACCAUGGCCUUUUCGCACCUCUUACAUCCACCUCGACUGCUUUUGCGGAGAUAAACUUAAGCCCAGCAUCGAUCCUUCUCCUCCAUACGCGGAUCCCUUUCCCCAGCUCGCACAAUUUUAGGCGACCGAGCCCCAGGACGCGGCUGCGCGUCAUGCACCCCUCCGCCGAGCGCACCGCCGCUGCGAGUGUGCCCCUCUCCCGCGCCACCAUUCCCUCCUCCCGCCCGCGUCUCCCCCGCCUAGCCCUCGCGCCGUGCCUGCUGCUGCAGCUGCUGCAGCUGCUACCCCCCCGCAUCCCCGCCGCCACCGCCUUCGCGCCCGACGUCAUUCGCAGCCUGCCGGGCCAGCCGCGCGGAGCCCCGCCCUUUGGCCAGUGGGCUGGAUACAUCCCCGUAGGCCCCGCGGGCAGAAAGAAACUUUUCUAUUGGCUGACCGAGUCCGUGGCCGCCCCUCAAACUAAGCCCCUAGUUCUGUGGCUCAAUGGAGGUCCGGGGUGUUCGUCCAUCGGCUACGGUCUCUUCGAGGAGCUCGGGCCCUGGCGCGUGGCGAACGAUGCGGGUCGGCAGCUGCAGUUCAACCCCUUCGCCUGGAACAAGCUGGCGAACGUGCUGUUCGUGGACUCGCCGGCGGGCACGGGCUUCUCGUACUCGCUGGACCCCAGCGACCUCAGCACGGGCGACAACCAAACAGCGCUGGACACAGUGCAGUUGCUACGAGCCUUCCUCCGCCGCCACCCGCGCUACAACGGGCGCACGCUGCUGCUGGCGGGGGAGAGCUAUGCAGGCCAUUACAUCCCGCAGGUGGCGGCGCUGCUGCUCUCCCUGGCGGCGCGCCCUGCGCAGCGAGUGCGGGUGCGGGUGGGGGGCGUGCUGCUGGGCAACCCCUUCGUGCACGCCACCAUAGACACCAAUGCGCGCACGCAGUUCUUCUACGACCACGGGCUCGUCUCGCCACAGCUCUUCUCCCGCGCUGCCCAGUGCCACUUCUCUGCCGACUCGGUGCUGCCCGGUGUGUCAUGCGACGCCAUCAUGCGCGCCGUCGCUACCGCUGACAGUGGCAUCGACCCCUAUGACAUCUAUGCGCCCGUGUGCCUGUCCCCCGCGUACCUCUCGCUGGGCCUCACCACGCAGCGCCUGCGCCUCGCUCGCCUCGUGUCCUCCUCCUCGCCCUCACACGCACCAGGGGCGCGAGGGGCGCGAGGGGCGCGAGGGGGAGAGGGGGCAGCAGAGGGGCAGGGUGCAAGUGUGAAGGGGGGAGGGGGGAAGGGCGGAGUGGAAGGGGCAGGGGCAGUGAGGGGAGUGGAUGGAGCGGCAGGGGCAGGGAGCGGCGAGGAGGGAGGGGGGGUGGCAGGGGCAGCGGACCCGUACGUGGCGAGCCGAGCGUGCAUGGACGUGUGGGUGCGGCGCUACCUGCAGCGCGCCGCCGUGCAGCGCGCCAUCCAUGCCAUGCCGUCCACACCGGGGGCACGACCGCAGCAGUGGAUGGCGUGCAGCGCCAUGCUGCAGUACGCCAGCGAUGACAUGGCGGCCAGCAUGCUGCCACUGCUGCGCCGAAUCAUGCAGGCGCACGUGCCACUCUGGAUCAUGUCUGGCGACACUGACUCGGUGGUGCCAUUCACGGGCACGCGGCAGUGGAUAGCGGCUCUCAACCUCCCGCUGAUCUCACCCCUCCUGCCCUGGACGCUCCCUCCCACCCGCCAGGUGGGCGGGUGGGUGACGAGCUACAAGGGGCUCACGUUUGUGACUGUAAGGGGGGCGGGCCAUGCCGUGCCUCUGUCACGGCCCGCGUCGGCCUUCACCAUCUUCGGCCACUUCCUCAGGGGACUCGCCCUCCCAACGGACUAGCGCCAACGGAAAGGGGCGUGCCCUGCCAGCGCUCCGCUCACACCUCACACGCACGCCCCUGCAGCGCGGGGCUGCUGGCAAGGCCUUGCACUCUGUACAGACUGGGGUCACUUGCUGUGCUCCCCUGCUGCAUUUGCAAUGGGAGUAGCAACAGCUCCUUUGGGGAUAUACGCUCCUUUGUCAUGCCUUUGUACCAUACUAGCUUGUACAAUAUAUACUGUCAACGAAC